AUGGCUCUCGCACUAGAAACUGAGCGCAUCUCUGCGCAAUUCGACUUUUCCGAUGAAGACCUCAAUCGUCAUGUCGAGGAAUUUCUGGAUCAGAUGAGCGAGGGUUUGGAAAAGGAUGGUACCAGCAUGAGCCAAAUUCCUACCUAUGUCACUGGUGUUCCCAACGGCAAGGAAAAGGGGCUCUACCUCGCCGUCGACCUCGGUGGCACCAACUUCCGUGUCUGCUCCGUCACGCUCAACGGCGACACCACCUUUAACCUAACCUACGACAAGGUCCCCAUCCCCAAGGAGUACAUGGUCACCGACUCCGCCACCAAGCUCUUCUCUUUUCUGGCCCUGCAGAUUGAGAAGUUUCUGAAGGAGCACCACAACGACCACUUUGUGAGCCGCCGGAAGCGCCGCCCCACAUUCAGUCUCCCCCAGGGUUACCGCGAGGAGGAAAUCUUCUACCUCGGCUUCACCUUCUCCUUCCCCGUCGAGCAGCUCGCCAUCAACUCGGGCAAGCUGAUGAGGUGGACCAAGGGCUUCGACAUCCCCGACGCCGUCGGCAAGGACGUCUGCGCCCUCCUGCAGGCCGAGAUUGACAAGCUCAGCCUGCCUGUGAGGGUCGCUGCCCUGGUCAACGAUACCGUCGGCACCCUCAUGGCCCGCUCCUACACGUCGAGUGGAGAUCAGCGCUCGCUGCUGGGUGCCAUCUUUGGCACGGGAACCAACGGCGCCUACAUUGAGAAGACGAGCAACAUCAAGAAGGAGAUUGUCGGCGAGUACGACGACUCGACGGGCGAGAUGAUUGUCAACACCGAGUGGGGGUCUUUCGAUAACCAGCUCAACGUGCUCCCCCAGACUAAGUGGGACAAGGAGCUCGACGCCGAGAGCAUCAACCCCGGCUUCCAGAUGUUCGAGAAGAGGAUCUCGGGCAUGUUCCUCGGUGAGAUUGUCAGGCGGGCCGUCGUCGACAUGAUUCGCAACGAGGAGACGUCGCUGUUCCGCGACACCAAUUCGAGCACCAACGACCGCCUGACGACGACCAGCAUCCCCCCUCAGUGCAAAAUGUUCAAGCAGUGGGGCCUCGACACGGCCAUCAUGUCCGUCGCCGCCGCCGAUAACACGCCCGAACUGUCGACGCUGCGCCAAGAGCUCGAGAAGCUCGACGUCUACGCCCCCGCCCUCGAGGACGCCCAGGCCUUCAAGACUGUCUGCAACGCUGUUGCCCGCCGCGCCGCCCGCCUCUCGGCCGUGGCUAUCGGUGCCAUCGCCCUGAAGUCCGGCAAGCUCGAAGACCCCGACGAGAUCGUCGACAUUGGUGUCGACGGCAGCCUGGUCGAGCACUAUCCCUACUUCCGCGACAUGAUCUACGAGGCCCUCCGCUCCAUCGACGGUAUCGGCAUCCAGGGAACCAACCGCAUCCGUAUCGGCAUUGCCAAGGACGGCAGCGGUGUCGGAGCCGCCCUCAUUGCCCUCGUGGCCUCGAAGAUGAAGAAGGGCGAGGAGAACAUCAACGACGUCAGGCGAGAACUCGCCCACCUUCGUGCUCAGGCCGCCGCUCACAGGGCAUGGGUAAACAUGACAAUGGUGGCCGGUGCCGUGGGUAUUGCUGGCAUCGCCACCGCGGCGGCGCUCUGGUGGGCCCGACGACGUUGA